UUAUUAAUGUUCGUCAACUUCCACGUUUUGCAUAGCUAUAUAUUCUUUUAAUGAAGGGUUGCGUUCACACCUUGUAAAUGAGUUGGAUGAGACAGUGAGUGGUGAAAAUGGCCUUAUAAAUGAAGUUGAAAGUGUGCAUUUAGACGCACAACGCAGUAGCAAAGGAAGCAUUACCAUCUUCCGACUUUGCCACAAAAAUGGAUGCUGAAACGUUGGUCGUAGCGCAAACCAAAGAAGAGGUUUAUUUGCAGGCUUCAGCACAGCUCAUUACCAACAGAGAAGUUGUUCUUCCUUUUAUAUCCAAAACAGUGAUCCCAGAAAGAGGGAAUGAAGCUGAAGACGAAAAACAUGAAGUUGAGGAAGAAAAACAUGAUUCUGCUAAGCUAUAUUUCAACUCUUCUAAUUCUUUUAUUUACAUGAAAAAUGGACCAGCAAUUGGUAUAGCCUUGUCUCCUACAGAAGAAGUUCGUGAAAUAUAUUUGAAAAACAUGUUCAUGAUGCCACCAAACCAUGAAUUCUACUGCCCCAGUUGUGACGCUUGCAUCAGCAAGGUCUUGCUUUGCUCUACAAGACCAGUUACAGUUCCUCCAGUUAUAGUUCCUCCAGUUACAGUUCCUAGGCCUACAAUUCCUCCAGUUGCAGUGUCUCCUGCUACAGUUCCUCCAGUUACAGUUCCUUGGGCUGCAAUUCCUCCAGUUGCAGUGUCACCUGAUACAGUUCCUCCGGUUACAGUUCCUUGGGCUGCAAUUCCUCCAGUUGCAGUGUCUCCUGGUACAGUUCCUCCACCUACAGUUCCUCCAGUUACUCCAGAACAUGAAGAAGAUGUUCAAUGUCUGGUACGAUGCUCAGAAUGUUUCACUUUACUCAUUCAGAAAGGCAAGGAGUUUUUCACUGGGUUUGUAUCAGGACCUUCUGGAGAACCAGUCUCUGAAGAAAUAGCCAUUGAUGUAAAUGAUCAAGCUAAUACAGUUCCAGAACCUAGUAAGGGUUGGGAAGUUCUUAAAAGCAUAGUCUAUGGUGGUUUGGCUGAAUUAUUAGCCAGCCUCAGUGUUGUGACAUCUGCAGCAAGUGCUGAUGCUGCCACAGUGAGUAUUGUUGCUCUAGGUAUUGCAAACCUGAUUGGUGGACUUACAGUGUUGACUCAUAAUCUUAGGGAUUUGAAAGCUUCAAAACCUAGAGAGGAAGCAAGUGAAAGAAAUGAUGAAGAAGUGGAUAAGUAUUAUGAACUACUGGGAAACAGGGACAAUUUCUAUCUUCAUGCAUUUUUUGCAAUCUUAUCAUUCCUUAUAUUUGGGUUAGUGCCGCCAUUAGUGUAUGGCUUCUCAUUUGGUGAGAGUGAUGACAAGGAUAUGAAGCUUGGAGCAGUUGCAGGAGCUUCUCUUAUUUGCAUCACAUUCCUUGCCAUUGCCAAAGCUCAUACCCAAAUAGCCAACAAAACUUUCAUGACAUACUUCAAAACUGUGACAUUCUAUGUUACCUCUGGAGUAUUGGCUUCACUGCUUACUUAUUUAGCUGGUGCACAGAUGAAGAAACUGGUAGAGCAGCUUGGAUGGUUUCAACCAAAACCAAACUUUGCUUUCACUCUUCCGGAAAUCAGUGUUGAGAAUUCUGGAUGGGGUUCAUACUGAAAAGUAUAGUUUGGUCCAUUUUUUUGGGUAAAAGAAGAGAUGAUAGUGUUUUCAUACUAUUAUGGGUAGUAAUUUGUAGUGUUGGACAGUGUAUGCAAUAUCAAGCUUUCAAGCUUUCAUCAUUCAACACUGAUGCUAGUCAAGUUUAUAAAUGGGUGCUUGUUCUUUGCUUUUCUAAUAUUGGUUUGGUUUUGGGGGCAUUUUUCACUAUUUCAUUGUACUGUGUAAGUUUGGUGGCAAUUUCAGUUUAGUUAUGAGUAUUCAGUAACUUCUGAUCAAUCAAAUAAUGCAAGCUUAUUUCACUACAA